UUCGUCUAUCAUCUCAAUAAACCAAAAUAAAAUAAAAAUAAAAAUGAAGAUGAAGGUGACUCUCCUCUCUGCUCUGAUCCUCUCUCUCUUUCUUUUUCUGUCUCUACCCUCCCCUGCUCUGUCCGAACCAGAACGCUGCAACUCAAAAGACAAAAAAGUCCUCCUGGAAAUCAAAGCAGCCCUAAACAACCCCUACCUCUUGGCCUCAUGGAACCCAGCCACCGAUUGCUGUGAUUGGUACGCUGUGGAUUGUGACGAAAUCAGCAGUCGCAUCAUUUCCCUCACCAUCUUCGGUGGCAACCUCUCCGGCCAAAUCCCUCCCGCCGUCGGAGACCUCCCAUACCUCCAAACCUUAGUUUUCCGCAAACUCUCCAACCUCACCGGCCAAAUCCCUUCUGCCAUUACCAAACUCAAACACCUCAAAAUGAUAACAUUGAGCUGGACCAACCUCUCUGGUCCUGUCCCUUCAUUCUUUACUGAGCUUAAAAACCUUACCUUCCUUGACCUGUCCUUCAACGACCUCACCGGUUCGAUCCCUCCCGAGCUAGCCCAACUCACCAACCUCGGUGCCAUUCGCUUAGACAGGAACAAGCUCACCGGAACCAUCCCCGAAUCCUUUGGAAAGUUCACCGGAUCAGUCCCAGACCUUUAUCUCUCUCACAACCAACUCACUGGACCAGUACCAAAGUCUUUGGGUAACUUGAACUUCACAGUCGUUGAUUUUUCACGCAACCAGCUUUCUGGUGAUUUGUCAUUCAUCUUCGGAUCCAACAAAACCAUACAGAUAGUUGACUUCUCAAGGAACAUGUUCGACUUCGAUCUCAGCAACGUGGUUUUUCCGGCGAGCUUGACAUCGUUGGAUCUGAACCAUAACAAGAUCUUUGGGAGUCUUCCGGCAGGCUUGACGGCGCUGGAUUUUCAGUACUUGAACGUCAGCUAUAAUGGGCUGUGUGGCCCGAUUCCGACGGGUGGGAAGUUGCAGAGCUUUGAUCUGACGUCCUAUUUUCACAACCGGUGCUUGUGUGGCGCUCCACUGCCGGCCUGCUAGUAUGUAUCUUCAGCAAGUCCAGUUUGGAAGUUUGAAGUUUGAAGUUUGAGUAAUAGUGUUUGUCUUGUUUCAAUAAUGAAUAGUGUGAAUUUACAUUCCGUUCAGGUCAAUUUGGACACAAAUUGUGGAUAAGGCUGUAUUGUUUUUGGGUGAAUAGACUCUUUAUUGUCUUUAUAAAUAAAGACAAAUUUCAGCAAUAAUCCUACAAUUUUUCUUCAUUUUUGAUUUGGUGGCCAUUAUUAAUAUAUUUGUCAUUUAGUUU